UUGGUGCUCAGUCACAAUCAUUUAGUGUGACACCAGUCUAUACGUCAGUCAUAGAAGGGAGAACAACGUCUUUAAAUUGCUCAGUACAAAAUAAAGCUGGUGAUUUGCAAUGGACAAAAGAUGGAUUCGGUCUUGGAGCCAGUCGCAGUCUACCUGCAUAUGAAAGAUAUCAGAUGAUUGGCAAUGCACUGAAUGGUGAAUACUUCCUGGAAAUCCAAAAUGUGGACUUGUCUGAUGAUGCUGACUAUACCUGUCAAGUCACUGCAACGUUAGGUAGUCGUAGUAUCGCGUCUGCACCAGCCCAUCUCAAUGUGUUGCUGGCACCAGAUAAUCCCGUUAUUGUUGGGUAUGACAACGGCACCGAUGUGACUGUACAGCCUCCUGCAACUGUUGUGUUAGUAUGUCGCAGUGAGAAUGGUAAACCUGCUGCAGCACUGACGUGGCUGCAGAACGAUGAAGCACUUGUUUAUGAAGUUCCUGAGGAAAGCGUUGAGACCGCAGGCAAAUUGGAACAUGCAGUCAGUACGUUGACUUUACAACCAGAGAAAGAAGAUAAUGGUAAAGAAUUUAAGUGUAUAAGUGAACAUGAAGCGUUGAUGGGAGUCCAGUUAUUCACUACAGUCACCCUAAGUGUACAGUUUGCACCAGACUUGCCAGUCAUUACUGGAUAUACUGAAGGUACCACCAUACGAUCUGGAGAAGAACUUGUCUUGAAUUGCAUAGCUAGAGGGUUAACCUGGUGGAAGGAUGACGAGUUGAUAGACUUUUCAUACUCGACUGACGGAAACCAAGCUGUCAAUCCACUAUUAUUAAAAAUAGGAUAUAGUGAUAAUAAUGCAAAGUUUACAUGUAUGGCAGAAAACUUGAUUACCCCGGUACCUUUAAAGACUUCCAUCACACUCACUGUGCAUUUUACUCCAUCACAUGUAAAUAUCACCGGGUACGACCAUGCAGUGAAGGCAGGUGAUUGGGUAACACUAACCUGUAAAUCUACUAACAGUAACCCACCGUCGUUCAUCACCUGGUGGACAGCAGGACGUCAAGUUAAGACGUCUGAUGAUGUUGUAGUGAAAGCCCCAAAUGGUGGUUAUAUUACGUCUCAGAAUUUAACGGUGGAAUUGAAGGCUCAGACUGAUAGUGUUCUUUAUACCUGUCAAGCUACAAAUGAGGAACUACUACAAUCUGUAUCUAAUUCCGUGACCCUCAGUGUACAAUAUCCUCCUGAUCAGCCUCUCAUCUCUGGAUACAGCGAGGGCAGUAUAAUCAAAGCAGGUAACUUACUACGAAUGACUUGUGUAUCAGUUGGUGGUAACCCGAGAGCUGAUCUAGUGUGGUUAAAGAAUGGUCAGAUAUUGGAAGAUGUGGGUAACUAUGCAACCAGUGGUAACAUAGCAACCAAUGAAUUAAGUAUCAUCGCAGAGCAGGCAGAUAAUGGAGCAGAGUAUGCAUGUAAUGCUAGUAAUGCAGCAACUUAUGAACCAUUAAUGACAAGUGUUGAGCUUAAUGUAUAUUUCCCACCUACUGGGGUAUCGCUCCGAACUGAACCAGAAACGGCAAGAGAAGGUGAAAGGGUUGUCAUAGUAUGCACAUCAUCUAGUAGUAAUCCACCAUCAGAAAUCACAUGGUUUAAGGAUGGAGUCCAAGACAUUGGUAUGGAUAAUGGUACAAUUGAAGGCGACAAUGGCGGAUCUAGUUCUGUGAGUUUCUUUAUACUCGAAGAAGUAUCAGCGGAUGACUAUGGAAAACACUUUCUAUGUAGAGCAACAAAUCCUAAACUUGGUGAAAGUGCUAAUGAUGCUGUCACACUUGGUGUUCAAUAUGCUCCAUUAUUUCAUACACAAGCAAACCAGACGAUAGAUUCAUACGAAACCAUUGGUGACUUUCUACUCAAUAUAAGUGCUAUAGCUAACCCAACUACUAUAACAUACAUGUGGUAUAGAGAUGGUAAACCAAUCGAUAUUGACCUCAGUAAGACUUACAGCAUGGCUGACAAUGGCUCAUUAAUACUUCAUAAUGUUACAAGACAAGAAGCUGGAAUAUAUACUUGUCAAGCCAGUAACGCAGAAGGCAAAAGAAAUCUGUCACUUGUACUUAAUGUUUUCUUUGCACCAGUCAUCCAGAUUUCAGAUGAACUGAUAGUAAGUAUAGGUCACACAAGUCCAUUAGUAUGUGAGGCUGCUGCCAAUCCUAAGUUGGAUGACUUCAUACACUGGGCCAGGGAAGGUUAUGUAUCAUCCAUGUAUCAGCAACAUUAUCAAGAUGGCAAAAGUACUUUAAUAUUAACUAAUAUUACAAAGGCUCACGCUGGUCCUUAUAUAUGCAAUGCAGAUAAUGGUAUUGAACCGAAAGCAUCAAAAGUUGUCCAAGUCAUCGUCCAAUAUGCACCAAGUAUCGACAAAUCACCUUCUCGAGUGAAAGUAGCAUCAACUGCUGGCAAGACCACUUAUCUGAUAUGUGCUGCUGAGGGCGCUCCACAAGUACACUUCAGAUGGAAGAAAGACUCUAAGGAGUUCAACAGUACUAAACCCAGACACAAAGUGGAAUUGUACCAUAAAACAUACUCUGUGUUUUAUGAGAGUAGAUUGACCAUUACUGAAGUAGACGACAAAACAGAUUUUGGUCAGUAUGUAUGUGAAGCCUAUAAUGACCUUGGAACUGAUGUGGUGAAAAUAAUGCUGGAAAGGACAGGUGUUCCCAGUGCUCCAGGUGACCUGCGAGUAGUCACCAAAGCAGAUACAUCCGUCGUAUUAACAUGGGUACCUGGAUUCAAUGGUGGUCUGUUGCAAUCAUUUCAUAUCAGAUUUAACGAACGAGGUGCAAAGACUUAUUCCUAUGUUGAUGUAUUCCCACCUAAUGCAACUAAAUUCAAUGUUGUUAGUCUACGUCCGGAUACUAUGUAUGAUUUCAAUAUUCGCUCUUCCAAUUCUCAUGGCUAUGGACCCUAUAGCACCAGUCUGCUCACGGUCACCACAAUGAAGGGACCCGAAACGCCAGUACGCAGACCACAAGUGCUACGUGUUGGUGAAGUCCCGAUCUAUGUGAUAGGUAUAGUUGUCUUCGUAGUUGCUCUGUGUCUGUUACUUAAUCUGUUCUUGGUUAUUUGCCUGAUAAAGAAAAAACGCCGGAAAUUAGCACUUAAAGCCAGAAUGCAUCCAGACAGAUCCUCUAUUUUCUCAGUAAUAGACUAUUUGCCAUCCUUUUUACAAUUCCUUAUUAUGCGUAGAACCACAGGACAACCAAAGGUCAUAGCGCUUGGUUGA